GCUGAGGAAUCCUGUAAAUGCAAUGGCUGGAAGAACCCCAACCCGCCUCCCACGCCCCCCCGGGCCGAGCUGCAGCAGGCGGCCGUGAGCCUCGCCGAGCCCUGCCGCAGCUGCAGCCACGCGCUGGCUGCUCAUGUUUCUCACCUGGAGAAUGUGUCUGAAGAAGAAAUGAAUAGGCUCCUGGGGAUUGUAUUGGAUGUGGAGUACCUGUUCACCUGUGUCCACAAAGAAGAAGAUGCAGACACCAAGCAAGUUUAUUUCUACCUGUUCAAACUUUUGAGGAAGUGCAUUUUACAAAUGGGAAAACCUGUAGUAGAAGGAUCUUUGGAAAGUCCUCCGUUUGAGAAACCUAGCAUUGAACAGGGUGUGAAUAAUUUUGUGCAGUACAAAUUUAGCCACUUACCCUCCAAGGAAAGGCAAACGAUAGUGGAACUGGCUAAAAUGUUUCUGAACCGCAUUAACUACUGGCACUUGGAGACACCUUCUCAGCGAAGACUAAGAUCACCCAAUGAUGAUAUUGCAGGGUAUAAAGUGAAUUAUACCAG